AUGUCUCUCACAGUUCUCUCCGACGCGAAUGUUAAGCAAAUCCUCAACAACCUCACCAAGGACGAGGUUGAGACUCUGCAGGCGGGUUUGCGACACUCUCUCCAUGAGUACUCAACGGGGACAAACAAUUCUGGAGCAGCAGCUAUAAACCAACCCAAGAGAACGGUUCUCGAAUCAAGUACUGGAACAACGAGUCUGUUCAUGCCUUCAACUUCCACCACUGGCAUUGGGAUGAAAGUCGUCACUCUUGCCGCACCUCCAUCGUACACCACCAACGAAUGUUCAGUCCCAGAAAACAAGGAUACCACACCUCAGGGAGCGAUCACCCUCAUGUCAGCCGACGGCAAGCCAUUUGGAUUCCUCAACGCAGAAGAAGUCACCGCCUUUCGAACUGCACUUGCGUCUUCUCUCCUGAUGAUUCGACGAAGGAAAGUCAAAACGUUGACAGUUUUUGGAACUGGGAAGCAAGCAUACUGGCACGUGAGAUUGGCACUUAUUCUGCGUGGAAACACUAUCAAAAAGGUCCAUUUGAUCAACCGAGACUUCAACGAGAGGUCGACUAGUCUGAUGAAAGCAUUUGUGUCUUUCGACGCUGCUACGAAGAGACGAGAGGGCUGGUUUGAUACGACGUUUGAUUUGACCUCGCUCAAAUACGUUGAGGUUGAUCGACUGCUGAAGGACUACGUCCGGGCCGCCGAUAUAAUUAUUUGCACAACACCGAGCACCGAGCCGCUCUUUGAUCAUACGGUACUGACAAAUACCGAGGGAAGGAAACGAGCACGGCUGAUUAUCGCUGUUGGAAGUUACAAGCCACACAUGAUCGAAGUUCCUCCAGAGGUUGUUAAGCAAGCAAUCAAAGUCCACGGACAUGGCCACCAUUUCCACAAACGCGCGGAGGAAGGCGGCGUCAUUGUUGUGGAUACCCUUGAUUGCGUUGAAGAGGCCGGCGAGCUGAAACAAGCAGGGGUUGGCCCGGAUCGGACCGUCGAAUUGGGAGAGAUUGUUCUCCUGGAGAACUUGGUUCCCCUCGAUGUUCACGACGACGAUUCUCCGCUAGAUAGUUCCACAGACGAUAGCUCUCGCAGCUCUGUGGAUCUGCUGUCCACUCCUGGCGACGGAAUGAGCAGUUUAGCAAUGGCAUUCAGGGACAGUGCCAUCGAAGACGGAUCCGCCACACCUACCUCAAAGAGCCCGUCGCGAAAAUCUUCGUUCUCGUUAUCUCGGAAGGCAUCGUUCUCCCUGCGGUCUAGGAAUAGCAGUCAAGGGCCACGGGAACGCAAGAAGAAACAAACGGAGAGGGAAGACCAGAUGUGUAGCUGGUUGAGCAGCGGCAAUGUUAUUUACAAGUCUGUCGGUAUGGGAUUGAUGGACCUCACUGUCGGAGCAGAUUUGGUGAAGAUUGCACGGUUUAAAAAGAUUGGUACUACGAUUGAUGAGUUUUGA